AUGGAGCACGGAUUGCAUAUGCAGUCGCAUUUCAAGAGUGAUGAUGUCAACAACGAUGUUAAGUUGUGUACAAUGAACGAAGGCAUCUCGGAUGAGCCCAAUGCAUCUUUGAUCGCGGACUAUAUCACUCUUCCUAACAACAUAUUUACCUCAAAAUUCCCCCAUCUAUUUCACGAAAUGGCACACUUUAAACCUUUCGUGUGGUUAUUUCUAGUGCUCGCGAUUUCCAUUUUAUCUGUCGUGUAUUGCCAUAAUAAUGUCUUUUACAAUCUUAUUGUCUUAGUGGUUGUUCCUUAUUUCAUGUGUUUGUUUGCGCUGAUUGCAUUUAAUCAGCCGAUCUCUGAUGAAAGCUUCAAAAUAAAACUUUUGAUGGAGGUAAUUACAUACAAACCAGCGGUAAAGGGAAGGGAAUGGAGAACUAUCACAUACAAUAUGAAUCAGUACUUGUUUUGUAAUGGUUUAUGGACUACUCCGUACUAUUUUUACAGUGAAAUGACGUGCUAUGAUUUUUUUAGAACCCUCAUUAAAGGAAGGAUUUCCGGUACUCCUUCAGACUCAUCAACAAGUGAUGCCGAAAAUACACAGCCAGAGGUACCAGCAGCAGAUGCUCCGGAUGAUGCAGCUAGGUCUCAUAUUUUCAGUCCUGACCCAAUUUUCGAAGCGUACUAUCUUAAAGCUGUAGAAGUGGAAAAAGAGGCCCAAGGAAAGUAUUGGAGCAGCCAAUAUCCAAAUACCGAUAUACCUUAA